AUGAGGCCACCGACCACCGCCCGCUGCCCUGGGCGCUCCCCGGGCCGCCCCCGGUGGAGUCUGCUGCCUCUCACCCUGGCCGUCUUCGUGGGCGCGGGUCAGGCUCAGAGGGACGCGGCGGGAAGGUACGAGGCCGCUGGCAGGGACGCGACUCGACUGCGGAGCCCCGGGGGCAGCCACCCCGCGGCGGCUCCGGCCAAGGUGUACAGCCUGUUCCGCGAGCGAGACACGCCCGUCCUGGGCUUGCAGCCGGCGGAGCCGCUCCAGCCUGGCUGGGGGAGCCCCAGGAGGCCCGCCGAGGUGGAGGCGAGGAGGCCGCCCCGCGCGCAGCGGCCGCGGCAGGUCCAGCCACCUGCGCAGACCUGGAGGAGCGCUCCCUCGGGCCGUCAGCAGCCAGCACCCCGCACCCGGGCCGCCUCGGCUCUCCGGCGCGUCGCGACCCUGCAGCGGCCCAGGGCUGCGCCCCCAACCCCGCCGCGAGGGCGGCUCACGGGGAGGAAUGUCUGCGGGGGACAGUGCUGCCCAGGGUGGACGACAGCAAACAGCACCAACCACUGUAUCAAACCUGUGUGCCAGCCGCCCUGCCAGAACAGGGGCUCCUGCAGCCGGCCCCAGCUCUGUGUGUGCCGCUCCGGCUUCCGUGGAGCCCGCUGUGAGGAGGUCAUCCCUGAGGAGGAAUUUGACCCCCAGAACUCCAGACCAGCACCCCGACGCUCAGCCGAGGGUCCACCCAACCUGCGCAGGAGCAGCACAGCCAGGGAAAGAAGUGGGGCCAGAACACGACCACUGGCACCACAGCUGCCCAGGUCCCUGAGUGGGCUCAGCCAGAGCCACUCCUCCCAGCAGCACGUGGGACUGUCCCCCACCAUCCGACUUUUCCCGGCCUCUGCAACUAGUGGUCACCUGAGUUCCAAUGCGCUGCCCUCGGGGCUGGGCCUGGAGCGAAGGGAUGGUGCCCAGCGGGCAGCAUAUGUGGACUACUCGUCAUCCCCCUGGGGACUGAACCUCACCGAGAAAAUCAAGAAGAUCAAGAUUGUCUUCACUCCCACCAUCUGCAAGCAGACCUGUGCCCACGGACACUGUUCCAACAGCUGUGAGCGUGGUGACACCACCACCCUGUACAGCCAGGGUGGCCAUGGCCAUGACCCCAAGUCUGGUUUCCGCAUCUAUUUCUGCCAGAUCCCUUGCCUGAAUGGAGGCCGCUGCAUCGGCAGGGAUGAGUGCUGGUGCCCCACCAACUCCACCGGGAAGUUCUGCCAUCUGCCUGUGCCGAAGCUGGACCCCGAGCCUUCUGAAAGGGGUUCCCACCACAGGGGCGCACUGGGAGGCCCCUUGAGGCAGUCCACCUUCACACUGCCCCUCUCCAACCAGCUGGCCUCUGUGAACCCCUCCUUGGUGAAGGUGCACAUCAACCACCCGCCUGAAGCCUCCGUGCAGGUGCACCAGGUGGCAAGGGUGCGGGGCGAGGCCGAGGCCCCAGAGGAGAACAGCGUGGAGACCAGACCCCCACCCAGGCUCCCUGCCGGCCGUCGCCACAGCCACUGGGACAGCAACAGGAUUCCUGUUCAGGCCGGAGAGGCCCCUCAACCACCUCCCCCAGUGGCACCCAGGCCUCAGGGACUGCUGGGCCGGUGUUACCUGAAUGCUGUGAAUGGACAGUGUGCCAACCCCCUGCUGGAGCUGACUGCCCAAGAGGAUUGCUGUGGCAGUGUGGGGGCUUUCUGGGGCGUGACCUCGUGUGCCCCAUGCCCACCCAGGCCAGCCUCCCCAGUGAUUGAAAAUGGCCAGCUGGAGUGUCCCCAGGGGUACAAGAGACUGAACCUCACUCACUGCCAGGAUAUCAACGAGUGCUUGGCCCUGGGCCUGUGCAAGGACUCAGAGUGUGUGAACACCAGGGGCAGCUACCUGUGCACCUGCAGGCCUGGCCUCAUGCUGGAUCCGUCGAGGAGUCGCUGUGUGUCGGACAAGGCCGUCUCCAUGCAGCAGGGGCUCUGCUACCGGUCGCUGGGGCCUGGCACCUGCACCCUGCCUUUGGCCCAGCGGAUCACCAAGCAGAUAUGCUGCUGCAGCCGAGUGGGCAAAGCAUGGGGCAGCAAGUGUGAGAAAUGCCCCCUGCCUGGCACAGAAGCCUUCAGGGAGAUCUGCCCGGCCGGCCACGGCUAUACCUACUCCAGCUCAGACAUCCGCCUGUCUGUGAGGAAAGCCGAGGAGGAGGAACUUGCCAGGCCCUCGAAGGAGCAAGAGCAGAAGAGCAAUGGGACCCUGCUCCGGCCUGCAGAGAGGCAGCCGCUCCGGGCAGUCACCGACACUUGGCAGGAGGCUGGAGCCACCCCUGAGAAGGGUAACUCUCAGGCUGGCCAGGAUGAGACCAGUGUUACCCAAGUACCUGCCUGGGCCCCAGGAAGACCAACACCACGGCUGCCUGCACAGGCAGUUCCAGGGGCCUGGGGAGAAGAGCAAGUGAUCCCCCCCACUGAUGCACUGGAUGCCCUGGGCUCCCCAGACAUUGACAGAUGUGCCACCAACAUCUGUGGCCCUGGCACCUGUGUGAACCUCCCAGAUGGAUACAGAUGUGUCUGCAGCCCCGGCUACCGACUGCACCCCAGCCAGGCCUACUGUACAGAUGACAAUGAGUGUCUAAGGGACCCCUGUCUGGGAAGAGGACGCUGUGUCAAUCGCGUGGGCUCCUACUCCUGCUUCUGCUACCCGGGCUACAGGCUUGCCACCUCGGGGGCCUCGCAGGAAUGCCGAGACAUAGACGAGUGUGAGCAGCCAGGGGUGUGUGUCGGGGGGCGGUGCACCAACACCGAGGGUUCGUACCGCUGUGAGUGUGACCAAGGCUACAUCAUGGUGAGGACGGGACACUGCCAAGAUAUCGACGAAUGCCGUCACCCUGGCACCUGUCCGGAAGGGAGAUGCGUCAACUCCCCGGGCUCCUACACUUGCCUGGCCUGUGAGGAGGGUUACCGGGGCCAGCGAGGGAGCUGUCUAGAUGUAAAUGAGUGUCUGACCCCCGGGGUCUGUGCCCAUGGAAGGUGCAUCAACCUAGAGGGCUCCUUCAGAUGCUCCUGUGAGCAGGGCUAUGAGGUCACCUCAGACGGGAAGGGCUGCCAAGAUGUCAACGAGUGCGCCAGCAGGGCCUCGUGCCCCACGGGCCUCUGCCUCAACACUGAGGGCUCUUUUGCCUGUUCAGCCUGUGAGAGCGGGUACUGGGUGAAUGAAGAUGGCACUGCCUGUGAAGACAUGAACGAGUGCGAAGACCUCCAGAGCCGCUGCCUGGGUGGCGAGUGCAGGAACACGCCCGGCUCCUACCAGUGCCUGUGCCCCCGGGGCUUCCAGCUGGCCAAUGGCACCGCGUGUGAGGAUGUGGACGAGUGCAGGGGCGAGGAGUACUGUGCACCCCGCGGAGAGUGCCUCAACAGCCACGGAUCCUUCUUCUGUCUCUGUGCACCCGGUUUUGUCAGCGCAGAUGGGGGCACCAGCUGCCAGGAUGUGGACGAGUGUGAAGCCACAGACCAGUGUCAGGGAGGGCACUGUGUCAACACCGAGGGCUCCUUCAACUGUCUGUGCAAGACUGGUUUCCAGCCGGCCCCGGAGAGUGGGGAGUGUGUGGACAUUGAUGAAUGUGAGGACUACGGAGACUCAGUGUGUGGGGCCUGGAGGUGUGAGAACAGCCCUGGCUCCUACCGCUGUGUCCGGGGCUGCCAGCCUGGCUUUCACAUGACCCCGACUGGAGACUGCAUCGACAUUGACGAGUGUGCCAAUGACACCGUGUGUGGCAGGCACGGCUUCUGCGACAACACGGACGGCUCCUUCCGCUGCCUCUGUGACCAAGGCUUCCGGGCCUCACCCUCGGGCUGGGACUGUGUUGACGUGAAUGAGUGCGAGCUCAUGCUGGCCGUGUGCGGGGCGGCGCUGUGCGAGAAUGUGGAGGGCUCCUUCCUGUGCCUCUGCGCCAGUGACCUGGAGGAGUAUGAUGCUCAGGAGGGGCGCUGCCGCCCAAGGGUGGCUGGAGGUCAGAGUAUCCCCGAGGUCUCGCCAGGGGAGCACCCCCCAGGCCCCAUCCGCAUGGGAUGCUACUCUGGGCAGAACGGCCAGCCGCCCUGCUCCACCCUCCUGGGCCGGAACACCACCCAGGCCGAGUGCUGCUGCACCCAGGGAGCCAGCUGGGGAGACACCUGCGACCCCUGCCCCGCCGAGGACUCAGUUGAAUUCCGCGAGAUCUGCCCUAGCGGUAAAGGCUACGUCCCGGUGGAAGGAGCCUGGAUGUUCGGACAGACCACCUACACAGAUGCAGACGAGUGUGUGAUGUUCGGGCCAGGUCUUUGCCAAAACGGCAGGUGUCUCAACACGGUGCCUGGCUACAUCUGUCUGUGCAAUCCCGGCUACCACUACGAUGCCGCCCACAGGAAGUGUGAGGAUCAUGACGAGUGCGAAGACCUGGCCUGUGAGAACGGCGAGUGUGUGAACACGGAAGGCUCUUUCCACUGCUUCUGCAGCCCCCCCCUCACCCUGGACCUCAGCCAGCAGCGCUGCGUGAAUGGCACCAGCGGCACGGAGGACCUCCCUGACCAUGACAUCCACAUGGACAUCUGCUGGAAAAAAGUCACCAAUUAUGUGUGCAGCCAACCCCUCCAUGGGCGCCGCACCACCUACACGGAAUGCUGCUGCCAGGACGGCGAGGCCUGGAGCCAGCAGUGUGCUCUGUGCCCCCCCAGGAGCUCCGAGGUCUAUGCUCAGCUGUGCAAUGUAGCCCGGAUUGAAGCAGAGCGGGAGGCUGGAGUCCAUUUCCGGCCAGGGUACGAGUAUGGGCCUGGGCCCGACGACCUGCACUAUGGCGUCUACGGCCCAGAAGGAGCCCCCUUCUACAACUACCUAGGCCCUGAGGACACCGCCCUUGAGCCACCCUUCCCAAACACAGCCAGUCACCCAGGGGAUCGUGCACCAGUCCUGGAGCCACCUCUGCAGCCCUCAGAACUCCAGCCCCACUACGUGGCCAGCCAUCCAGAGCACCAGGCCGGUUUCGAAGGGCUUCAGGCCGAGGAGUGCGGCGUCCUGAAUGGCUGUGAGAAUGGCCGCUGCGUGCGCGUGCGCGAGGGCUACACCUGCGACUGCUUUGAGGGCUUCCAGCUGGACACGGCGCACAUGGCCUGUGUGGAUGUGAACGAGUGCGAUGACUUGAAUGGACCUGCUGUACUCUGUGACAACGGUCAGUGUGAGAACACCGAGGGCUCCUACCGCUGCCAUUGCUCCCCAGGUUAUGUGGCCGCGACGGGCCCCCCGCACUGUAUUGCCAAGGAGUAGCAGUGAGGGGUGAGUGUGAGCAGCUACCUGGAAAUGGGUCUGAGUCACAGGCGGGGCCCUAUGGAUGCCCUCCUGGUUGGGAAGACCCUAUGAAGAUGUCAGGCAGGAUGCCCUGCAUCCCAGCUUGCAGUCAGUCUGGCCUGCUUCUCAUCUCUCCCAGAAUAGGCUCUGGCUGUGAGCUUCUGUCACUGCCUCCAUGCCACCAUGCCCUGCUUGGCUCAAACACCAAAUGCUUUAGUGCUUCAGCCACUGGCCAUGAGGCCCGGUCCUCCAUCUGCCCUGGCCUUGACAUGGAUGCUCACGAAAGGAUGGCUCUCACCCAGCCCUUCAAGCUAUGCAAAUGUGCAAGGUCUUUCAGCCUCAUACUGCAAACACCCUUUCCAUCCAUGAUCCACAUAUUAUCAUCCUGAUGAUUACACCACUGGGUCAGAGGCUACAUCUGAUCUGGGAUGGUCCUUCUGAAUCUGUGAAGCAAAAAAGGAUUGGGGAAGUUAUCACCACCACUCAGCCAAUCUGGUCAGGGCCGGAUUCUGCCACAUCUCCCUCCUGUAGCCAAUUCUGUUGUCCAAGAAAGGGACAGAAGAUCCUCCUCAUGUCAGAGAAGCAAGACUGAUACUAACUUGCCCAAUGUAAGAGACAUAAAUAAAGGGCAACAAGGAGCCUGAGAAAGCAGCAAGAAUAUGAAAAAAUAUGGGGAACUGAUAAGAAAGAGGGAACCAAGGUAUUAGCAAGUCUAAAGAAAAUAUCCAGUAGAUUUGGGUCAAUAAACAUCUAAAAUCUACCCAGCAAUAGCUCCUGUACAUCACAGCAAGGGGUGUCACCGGACAUGUCUGAAGGCCUUUAAGUACUGCUUCUUACAGGAAACAAAUCUUUCCUGGACACUCCUUAGAUGGGAAGCAGUUUGAUGUGCUCAAAAGAAAAGGUUUAUUUUCUAGUUGGUGAAAUACGGUGCAGUCUUGUUUAAGGAAUCCAGAUUUCCAAUGUUUUUUCUCCUCUUUACUCUGCCCUCUGUCCUUUUCCCCUUCAUAAAAUGGUUGGCUCAUGUCCCUGAGUUUACAAAUAGACACUCCAACUUCAGCUAGCUGGGAGUUUAAAACCAUGAUGGAAUAAAGAAAUGUAAAUCUGGGCUCUUCUGUUCUGGUUUUUAUUUCAUAUUAAAUCAAUUUCUUUACCACGUUGGCUAAGUACAACUAUUCAAGAUGAGGCUGUGACAACCCCCUCACCAGCUGUGCUUUUGGUUGUGCCUUUUCCCCAUGGAAAAGGGGUCUUUAAUCUUUCAAGAUAAGGAAAGCUCCACCUUGCAAUUCUCUCUUGAAUGGCAAUGUAAAAGAACAAGAAUCCCUGUGACUGGAGAAACGGAAAUAAAUGCUAUUUUCUUGGUUUAAUCUGUCUUGUCCUGCCUGCUGUUCUGAUUGUCAGCCAUCACACAAUAACUUAGUGAAUGCUUGCUCUGUGCCAGGCACUGUGUUGAGUGUUGUACAUAAACUUCAUUUAGCCAUCCGGUAAACCUACUUUACUGUAUUUAUUCCCAAUUUCUGGAUGAGCAAAUUGAGACACGCAAAGCGUAAAUAAUUUGCCCUCAGUUAUUAUACUAGUUGAGAUGCUUUCAGCAGACAUAGUGCCUAAACAAGUGAAAAUAUUGUCACCUUCAAGCAUAGUAAAAGUAAUGCAAGUUAGUACCCUAUUAUUUUAAUUGUCAGAUUGGCAAAGAACAAAAAUUUUUUAAGACUCCUAGUUGGUAAGAAUCUUGGGAAACAGGCACUCUCAUAUAUAGCUGAAUAUAAACUGAUCCAACUUCUCAUGGGGAUAAUACAGCAAUGUCUUUCAAAAUUAUAAGAAGUACUUAAUAUUUUAUUAACUCCACUUUUAGAUUUAACCUUCAGAUAAAUCCUUACCAAAUGUGAAACGACAUAGGCAAGCCAUCCAUUAAUAUUGCAGCAUUAUGUGUAAUAGCAAAAGAUGAGAAAUAAUUAGUUGCUGAGUCCAGUGAAAGAAAAAAAAGGCAGUUCUAUAUACCGUGAUAGCAAAAACAGAUUACGGGGUAAAGGGAGAGGAAGGCUGUACACCAAAGUGUGACAUAUGCUGCUAUCAUCUAAGAAAGGGGAGAGAAUUGGGUAUGUGCUGACCUCAUCCUUACCACUCCACCGUACACCCCUAUUUCAGAAAUUUUCUUUUUUGUGCCUUAAGUGCCCAAUGCCCCUCCUCCCAAUCCUCACCCUCCUGAGGUAUUUCAUGCAUUUACACAUUUUUUUUUUUAAGAAUUAUUUAUUUAUACAAGCACUGGGGUACAAGCCAGAGGCGCGGGAGGGUGAGAGGAUUCACCAGACAGAGCAGGGAGCAGAACAGACAGAAGGACUAAAAUACACUGCUGAGGGGAGCAGCGGGCGAGACAGGAGAGGUCUGCUGCGCCAUGUGGGAAUCUCCCUGGCCGUCCGGGAAUCAAACCCGCACUACAGAGGCUGCAGACAGCUUCACAGAGCUGUGCUCAACCCGCUGCGCCACCGGGGACGCCCCAUUUACACAUUCUUGUAUUAAAAAUACACACAGCACACUAGAUACACUGUUCUGCACUUGGCUUUUUUUCACUUUGUACUUGCACAUUAAGAGCCUUCUCAUUCUGUAUUCUAACUGCGUACUAUCCCACUAUAUGGACCUAAUUUAUUGAAUCAGUCCCUUACUGAUGGACAUUUCCAUGGUUCCCUACCUUUUGCUAUCAUAAAUAAUGCUGUAGUGACUAUUCUUGUGCAUGUUGUUUCACCUCUUACCUGUGGAGUAAAUUUUUAGAAACAGUGGCUUGGCUUGUGGGGAGGGUGACAGGGCGGAUGGGGGCAGGAUUAGGGCACUUUGCAUUGUACUGCCUCUUUGAACU